CACAUACACAACUACACUACUCAUACAAUCAACACUAAAGGAGAAUUACAUGACUGAAGUGCAAUUUUAGUUAAAUCAGUCACAACAGAAACUAGCACGGGUCCCAUACACAUUGCCACAACAUACACAUACUCGUACAUCACAGAGACCACACCUACCAAUCACAGACUUCCACCGCUUAGCCUCAAACAACUCACCCGCAUAUAUACUGGGCGAUUUAAAUGCAAAACGCCCUUGCAUAGGAACACACAACACCAAAACAGCACUCACCCAAAUUUUUAACCACAUCUACUCAUCUGGAUAUUUUCCCCGACACUUUAAAGGAGCAUCAAUAAAACCGAUCGCAAAACCAAACAAAUCAAAAUAACUACAGAUCUUCAAAACUUCAAACCUAUAUCAUUACUAGAAGUACCAGGAAACAUUCUAAAAAAUAAUAAACAAAAGACUUAGGACUUACCUCGAAUACAACAGCACCCUGUCGCCAACAUACCAUGGGUUCCGGACCAACCGGAGCACAGACACCGUACUCGCCAUCAUAGCUGAAAAAAAUAGUACACACAAUAGGAAAUAAACAACAAUGUUGCAUAGUCCUCCGUGUUGUCUCAAAAGAAUUUGAUAAUGUUUGGCACAAUGGACUGAAACAUAAAAUUAACAACAUUGGUCUGCAAUGUCUCCAUUGGUAUUUUCCCCAAAAUACUUUGCAGUUUUCUGGACAACAGACCUGCCCGCAUAAAUUUGCCAAACUACCAAGGACUUACAUUCCCCAUAGAAAGUGGUGUACCUCAAGGAAGUACAUCCCAUCCCUUUACACACACUCUGGCACGAUUGCACCCCGUUAUAUAUGCCCAACGUGUUACAUUUUUCCCUCAUCAUUUAUCUCUGCUGUAAGGUUCAAACUCGUAUACAGAGAAACAGCCAAAGCUGUUCUGUUUCCUCCAUUCAUUUCCUCCUUCCCAGCUAAGUGGAGUGAUCAGGCUAUUAACCUCAAAUUACAUCAAUGGUGAAAUUGUAUAUACAAGCUAAUUGUUUUCAUCAAUGUUUUUCUUCCUUUCUCGAGCCGAGUUGAGUUAUCAGGAUAUUAAUUAACCUCAAUGUUUACAGAGUCAUGGAAGUUGCAUAUACAAGCUAUUUAAGUGGAUUUAAUAGACAUGCGAUCUUGGAAGACCAUAGAUAAUUACUGCUUCAUAUUACAUUAUUAAGAUCAUUUUAGAAAAUUUAACUUGUUAAAGCCUUUGCUUUCAAAGCAAACCUCUGAAGUUUCACACCAUCUCUAUGAUAUAUUUACUCUCAUAGGGGCACCAAAAAUUCUUCAAAGCGAUAACGGCAACGAGUUCGUUGGAGCCCCACUAACAACAAUGAUGCAUACAUUUUGGCCUGAGACAGAGCUUAUCAGGGGAUCCCCCAGACAUCCUCAGAGCCAGGGAUCUGUGGAAAAUGCCAACGGCGACAUAAAAAAUGAUGUUAUGGGGAUUGGUGCGGGAGAAGAACACGUGUAACUGGGUGGACUUGAUCAAGCAGGUGCAAUGGACCAAAAAUACUGUCAACCAUAGAGUAAUUGGAAUGUCUCCAUACGAAGCAAUGUUCGGGCAGAAGCACGUAUCACCUAUGAAAAUCACAGAACAGGAGACUGACUACGAAGGGACUGAACAGCAACAACAACAACAACAACAACAACAACAACAACAACAACAACAACAACAACAACAACCAUGGGAUGAACAGAUGGAGAUUGAGGAAGAAGACAGAGCGGGUGUGCAACAGCAGCAGCAACAAAAACCAUCAUGGGAUGAACAGAUGGGUACCAGGGAAAAAGACGGAGCGGGGGUACAACAGCAGCAGCAUCAACCAUCACGGGAUCAGAUGGGUCCCAGGGAAAAAGACGGAGACGGAGUACAACAGCAGCAACAGCAGCAGCAACAGCAGCAGCAACAACAACAACCAUUAUGGGAUGAACAGGCUUGUUUCUCGAAAAAGACGGAGACGGGGUACAACAGCAGCAGCAGCAACAACAGCAAACAUUGUGGGAUGAACAGAUGGGAUCCACGGGAAAAGACGGAGACGGGGUACAACAACAGCAGCAGCAACCAUCAUGGGAUGAACAGAUGGGAUCCAGGGAAAAAGACGGAGAUGGGGUACAACAGCAAGAGGGGGAGGAGGGAACACAAGAGCAAGAAGAAGAUCAGCAGCGGUUAUACAAUGAAGAGGUCAAAAUUUCUAGAGAUGGAGAACUGGUAGAGAAUGAGUAAGAACGCGCAAAUGCAACUGUAAAUGAACAACAUUUGGAAAGUUAUUAUAAAGAUCAGACAGCGAGUGAGAGAUGGGACCGAACAACAAGCAUCUAAGAUGAUUAAGCCUACUUUCUUCUUCCUUACAUCCCGAGAUCAACGACUGUGUCAACGUCACGAUUCCCCAGAUGGAUCGGCCGAGGAAGAUAAGCAUGCAAAAUUUUGUUGGAGUAAUUGUGGCCAUCGAAGAAAAAAAAGGAAACAGACUAUACAGUGUAGCAACAGAAUACGGUUGUAUAAGGCCAUUAUUCCCUCGCAAUCUAUUUGAAAUCUGCCGCCGAAUAAAUGUGAUAGAUAUCGAGACGGUGAACAGAGAACGGACAGUAUCCAUCAGAAAAAUAGCUGCCGCGGAAGCGAUAAAGGGCAGUGAGGAGCCCUCCUCCAAUAUUUGUCACUGUGCUACAGAUUUCUGUAAGACAAUGCGCUGUUUUUGCAAGAGAAGAGGCUUAUUGUGUACGGAACAGUGCAAGCAUGGGCGUAAUCCCAAAACCGGUCGCAUCAAUCAAGAAACUGCUGCUAAUUUUAAAUGUUGCAAUAAAUGAAAAAUGAAGUUAUAGACGUUUUCUAUCUGUUUUUAUCCAAAACAAUGUGUACAUAUAGAGGGAAUUGUAAAACUUUAUUCUCGUUAACAAUAAAUUCUCUCUUAACAAAAUCACCCUACUACCUCUCUUCUUCUUGAGUAUAAUGGUGACGACAGCUGAGUACGGAAACGCGCGAGGGUUGGGAGGGCAUGAAGUCAAGGCUGGCAGGAAGGGAAGGAGAACGCCGCCCGAAUAUGCUGCCUCGGCCUUGGCUGUGGCUCACUGACACGUGGCUUAGCUUAGGGAGAAAGAGAGAGAAGGCGGGAAGGUAGUGGGUGGGCAAGAGAUAGCGGCGACGGUGAAAGGGGAAUAGUAGUACAGCAGUGUGCCCAAAGACUGUGCCUGAGUUUGUAGGAGUGACAGGUGCCCUUGUCAGUGA